AUGCUUGUGUGUAUAUACGUUAAACACCCGCCCCCAGGCCUGACUGGAGGCAGCGAAACACCGCCCCGUAACCACGGCGACGGGCGGCUCGCGGCCCGGACGCUUCCCCACGGCGAGCCACCGCCCGCGCCUUCAACUCUCGUGGCGCUGUCCUUCAGCGGAGCCAUCGGGCUGACGUUCCUGAUGCUGGGCUGCGCCCUGGAGUACUACGGUGUAUACUGGCCUCUGUUUGUCUUAAUAUUUUACUUCAUCUGCCCCAUUCCCCACUUCAUUGCAAAAAGAGUAAGUGAUGACAGUGAUGCAGCCAGCAGUGCCUGCAGGGAAUUGGCAUAUUUCUUCACAACUGGAAUUGUUGUUUCUGCCUUUGGAUUUCCUAUAAUCCUUGCACGGGUUGAAGCGAGGAGAUGACUUUAGCUGGGAACAGUGGUAGGACAUCGCUCUGAUGCUGGUAAUAUUUUACAGCAUGUAUCACCAUAUGUCUACUCUGUGUGUGUAUAUGUGUAUAUAUUAUAACGUGUGUGUGCACGCUGAGAUGUAUGUAUGUGCAUAUGCCUGUAGCUUUACAUUAUCAGAUCAUAACAUGCUUUUUUAAAAUGCAUUUCAGCCAAAGGGAAAAGGCCCUUGUGACAGCUGUCUUAAUGUAUUCAGUAAAAGCUGGAAUCACUGUUGCAAAUUUGUCCCCAAAUAAGUUUACAAAACAUAAGCUGUUUUACUCAUUUUUUCACUAUAUAUGCAUUAACUUCUGUUUUAAUCACAGUAGUAUCAUUGAUACAUGUGAUAUUGAUCAGCAUGCCUGUUGUGGUUUUUUUUUUAACCAUGUAAUCAAAAUAGGCCAAUACAAAGAUUGUCCUACUUGGUAUUGUUCAACUUGAUCAAUCUUUCUGCUUUGAUUAGGGAUUAAUGAAUACUUGCUUUUCAUUUAAGUAAUUGUAAUUUUAGUGUUUUUUCUUGAAAACAUAAAACCAAACAUAGGUUAUGCCAACUCUUUUACUACCUAAUGAAAGAAAAAGAAAAUAACCCUGGUUAAAAAUCCUUCCUUCCACUUAUGGUGUUCAUUUAAAAAAUAAUUCCCCCUACAAGAUGCUCAGGCUUUGUCCCUAUUCAACUUAACUGUGGAUAUAUUUUGGGAAUAAUAUACUUUAAUGCCUCUUUAAUGCUUUGAGCUGACAUUACUUCUCUUAUGAAGGUUCACAAAAGAAGAAACUAUGCUCAGGACACUUACAAUCAUGAUGUAGUUAUACAACUCUGUAUUCUUACGUGUGAAAUGCCUGAAUUGCAAAGAAGUGAGUGUUCUGCUGGGUAGGACUUUAUCUCCUCAGUUCUCAUUGCUUUUAAAACAUACUUGUUCAACUACUAUUUUUUUUGUCUGUAAGAAGAGAUUGUUGUAUUAAAACACUAUAUUUUUAAAUGGCAUUAUUCUAGUAAACAUUCACAUAAUCGCACUUAUAAAAGUAAACUUUAUUACGGUUUUGACUUGCUGAAUCCUGCAAAUUGUGGAGGCAUGUAGUUUUGCAAAAAUGCACUCUGAUACAACCCUAACUCUAGAAGACAUUUCAAUAAUCUGCAAAGGGGUAAAGGAAGAGAUACCUUAGUUUAUUCUUUCAUAGAAAAAUGGACGUAAAGAGGUUUCUGCUCUGUGAAGUAAGAAGCUGAAUUCCUGCAUAGGGUGUAUUUUACUAUUGUAAGUUCUUUAGACUAGCAGAUGGCAAAUGAGUGUUUUAUAGUUGUGUGAGUUAGUUCACAGCUGACUGCUAUCACCUUGUAUAGCUAUGAGGGACAUUGUAUAAGGAGGUAAUAGAAUCCACCCUACAAGAUGUGACAGCUUCACCAACGCAGUGCUUUUUGCCCCCUAAGUUCUAUGGAACUGCUUAUGCUGUUCUCCAAACUCUCUCAAUACUCGUGUACUGCAGAAUGGUGUCCUGUGGAUUGCUGUGCAGAGCAAAGGUUCAAAAAUUAAUGAAUGUUACAUGAGUGCUCUGAUCCUGGGUCUUCUGUUCAUGCUCAGUGCCCUAGAGGAAGGGUACAGAAAUCAUUCUGU